UAGUCCUCUGAAAAGAGAACGUAUCAGAGAACGUAUAUCAUAAACGUUCUGUGGUAUAAUGCACACGGAACACAGCAUUUUUUUCGAUUUGUCAAAUCUUAUUUCUCCACGUGCUUACCUCAAACAAUUUUGACAUUUCGUUUAAUUGUGCAAUUUCGCGAUUUUCUAUACACACACACGUGGACAGGCAUUGCCCCUCAGUUUUGCACAAGAAAUUAUUAUGGGAUAUUGUGAUAUUCACAUAUGUCUCACUUGCGCAUUUACGUUUGUGUGUGUGUGAAGAGAAGUGAAGCAACUGUCAAAAACGCCUUGUUUAAAACAUCGAAAUACAAGUGAAUUAACCACCGUUGCUGUCGCGCGGCCACGUGAAGAAUUUGUUCGUUUAAUAGCCGUGUGUUUCAUCCAUAUUGUAGCAAAUUGAUAAAACCUUUGAAAAUAAAUAUACAGCUGCAAAUUAUUGAAUUGAAAAUCUAAAAUAGUGAAUUCAGUAACAGAAAUAUUUAUAUCUCGCCGGUAUGUGAGAGCAUUGUGAGGUUAAAAUCUCGAAAGCGGGCGCGGAAGCUAAGCACUAAAGCAAAAGCACUGGCGAGCACGUUGUUGAAUUGAUAUCAAUCGCAUGGGAUAUUUUAAAUAUAAGAAAGUUUUUAAAGGAAACUAAUAUUUUUAGAAAUAAAAUAUUAAGUUUAAAGUACAACAUAACGGGGUUUUAAAUAGAGUUCAUUUACAAUUUGCGAAAAAAUGGAUUCACGGCUUUUGAACGUGUUUCACGAUGAUCCGUUCGACGGCAGUUACACACAACUUAAUACAGACUUUUGGUCUAGUGAAAGCGACACAAUGGGACAACUUACGGAGACAUUGAAUGGAAUUUUGCCCAUAGCUGCAGAUGCUGAGCACGAUGCUGACAUUUACAAUAACGCUAUGCUCGCAACAGAAGAAACUUUUCGGAUAGCAAAUAAAAGAGAUGUUGUUACGAAUUUCCAAAAUAAAGAGUUGCUGAUUUAUGAUGAUUUUGCGCAGCAUCAAUUGCCCGCGGAUGGCGGUAUCGAAAUCAUUACUGUCGAUCCAAACUCAUUAGACUCAGAUUCAGAGGAUUCAAACGAUGAUAAUAAUUUGUCAAGCAACGGAGACAAAAAUAUCGUUUUGAAUUAUGCAGACUUCGACGAUAAUCAAAGUCAAUACAGUGAAGCCACCUUUCGAACGCGCACUGAUAGUUCUUCGAUUGGUGACUAUGAAUCACAUACAAGCGACUAUGAUGAUAGUUCAGAUGAAGAAGACGUUGCGGGAGACAUGAUAAACAAUCAGCAUGUUGAUAUAAAUGGGGACAAGAAACCUGACGCACUGCUAUUAGGCGUAGAUGAAAUUCCAGACUUAACAGUAGGUCUACUCGCUGCUGACGGUAUAGAUUUAGACACAAGCUUUCAGUUACCCUUGGAAGAUAUUGCAGCAGGCAAUAAAAAUCGUACUAUGAGCACGAACACCAUCGGCUCCGAUGUAGAUGUAAAUAAUUUCGACUUAGCGGAAUUUAUAACCAAUGACGAUUUAACAUUAACUGUACCAAAAGUGAAUACACAAAUUAUUAAUAAUGUAACACAGACUAAUACAGCUGUACAAACAAAACGCUUAGCAGCAAUACCUGUUAAAACUAAUAUCGACUCAGAUUCCGAUGCUGAAUCGGAUGUCAUUGUCGAUAUUGAGACUGUAGAUGUAGAUAUGGAAAAAUCUUUGUGGAAAAUGGCAACUGGAAAUGCUGUUGCAACAGAAGAUAAUGUUGUAAACGAUAUCACAUAUGAGGAUAAUGUAAAAACGGAUCCGUCCUGGAGUCCAAAACCCACAAAAAAGCAGGAAAAUAUGCCAAAAGAGACAAAACCGCGACCAACUACCACAAUAAUUGCUCCAAUUCAACCUACAAAUAAUGCGUCAAAUACACGAAACUUCACAAUUGUACCAAACAAGCGCCAAUGUGACAUACUUAAAGGCAAAUCUAGCGCAAAUAAAAAUAAGUCAACUUCGAAGCAGAACGUUGGCAAAUUCUCUGCUCAGAAAGGACCAGAAGCCACAACAGGCAAUGCAUCCAAGGCUGGUUCACUUACAUGCCGGGUGGGUGUGGGUCAAGGCGGUAAAAAUUUGGCUUUGCUUUCACAAAAUUUCUCAGUAAAUGAUUGUAAAGUAGAAAAUAAUAAAAAUACAGAAGCAGCAGUAGAAAACCCGAAUAUAAUACAGGCUACUGUGCAAGAGAAACAAGUCAUGCCCAACGAAAGUGAAAAAGGAGAAGUUGGAGAACGUACCAAAUUGGCAGUCAAACGUAAAUUGAAUUUAGAAGAAUAUAAACUGCGACGAGGAGACAAAAAAAUGUCAAGCCAGACUGAAAGCAAUACGGCGUCAACAGAAACUCAAGCCAGUGCAUGGAGCAUACAAGUGAAACAUAGUCAGGAAGUAACCACCGUUGUGAAAACGCUUAGAAAUCAGAAUAAUCAAAAACAACCUAUCGAUCCUAUAACCGAGGCUAAAAAUAAGGUAUUACGCAUGCAGGAGUUGAAACGAGCUCAGCAAUUAAAAAUUAUAGAUUCCACAAUAUCAGCCAAAGUUCCGCGUGUCACAAAAUUACCACCACUCAAGGACAUUGUUAAGGGCACCUACUGUGGCGGCAAAGACCGUCAUAAUGAAACUUGCACUGGCUCAAAGUUACACUCCGACUAUGAGGAACUGAUUAUCGUAUCUGCUGGCAGUAAUACUGAUAUCAGUAUACCACCGCUUAAUAUGCUACCAAUUAAUACUUGCGAACGCUCACUUUUAAAAUCAUCUGCAUUGUUGUAUAGUAUGCCUAGUGGACUACCUUCGAGUAGCUCAUUGAUUGCCAGCAUACAGGAUGUUGUUGUACAAAAGGUUGUGGGACCGGAAAAGUCCAAUUUGUCGAAUGGUGUCACAACACCGGUUUGCCAGAAAACACAGAAAGAAGCUGAACAGCAUGGCGAAGAUAAGGUUAUUAUGCAUCUGCGCAAAGAUAGAAUACGACCACGUACAGUCAGUAUGGCCAUACAGACAGAUCCGCAGCCAGGCUUUACGCGUCUGCCGCCAAUAUCUCAUAAGCAGCGUGCUGAACGAAAUUAUCGGAAGCAUAGCGGCGGCAAAGCCGUUGUAGAUGAUACCGAUAGUGAUGCUUCGUGUGACCGCACUUAUAAUCGCCAUCGCAAUCGUAGUCGUAGUCAAAUUAAUCGUUCGCGUAGUCGUUCGGUGGAAAGCUUGGCGUCGUCAACGGAACGUAGUGUUAAUGCACGUCAGUGUGAUAUGGCCGGUGGAUAUUCGUCGCGAAGUAGUCGUCGGCAUCGAAGUUCCAUAAGUUCUUCCUAUUCUGAGUCGGGGCGUAUGUCGCGUAAUACACAACGCCAACCGCGUACCAGCUACAAGAAACGUACAAAAAAAUAUGCGCGUAAUUCAUCGGCAUCCUCAUCAUCAUCUUCUUCGGAUAGAUCUGAUCGCAGUCGAAAUCGUAGUCGCAGCCGCAGUCCAUACUAUCGGCGUUCAUAUUCCAGAUCACGUUCACGCUCGCGUUCCAUUUCAGCUGCUAGCAGCCGCUUCAGAAAGCCAGGUGGAAACAAGAAUUUCCCCAGCAAUAAUGUUUCACAGCCAGCUGUUGAAGAGCGCCGCAUAGUUUAUGUGGGACGUAUUGAAGAAGAAACCACUAAGGAGAUGUUGCGCCGAAAAUUCUUACCUUAUGGCACUAUCAAACAAAUUUCGAUACACUACAAAGACACGGGCAUGAAAUACGGUUUUGUAACAUACGAGCGUUCACAGGACGCGUUUACCGUUAUAGAUAGUAGUGCACGAGAUCCCACAAUCAAUAUGUACGACAUUAGUUUCGGCGGCAGGCGUGCUUUUUGCCGCUCUUCAUACGCUGAUUUAGAUAAUGCCGGCAUUAAUACAUAUCAUUCGAUUGUAUUUCCGAAAGUGGAAGCACCACCCAAGGAGGAAGAUUCCUUUGAAGCGCUGUUGCAGAAAGUCAAAGCGAAAAUGAGCGCUAAUAAAGCGGGCGGUGGGGCGAAUACCAACAAAGCAUGACGUCGACAAUGGAAAACAAACGCAAUAAAUUGUGGUCAACUUCUAUCUAUAGUGGCGUAUGUAGUUGAUUUAUAUUAUAUAUAGUUUGUUGUAUGCUAAAACAAUUCCAAAUUGAAAUACCGUUAUGUUUAUAAGUAUGCAACACAGGAUCCUAUCUUUAUUUUUCUAUUAAAUAUACUUUUUAAAUUAAGUUUAGUUUGUAUAACGUAUAUUUUUUUUAUUGAAUUGCUAAAUUUAUAAUAUAUAUAUAUAUAUAUAUAUAUAUACAUAUUUAUAUAUAUGAAGAUAUCCGUGCUUGAAUAAUAUAUAAUUCAGCGUAGUACUGAUGAUUACCUAUUAGCUGCAAUGACAUGUGAAGAAAAUUAGUAUAAACAAGCACUGGACACAUUAUUGAACUGAAUGUAUAUAUAAAGUUUUGAAAAUGAUAAACUUAAGAACAAAAUAUGCUUGCACACAAGCAGCUAGCGUUUGUGGUAUAUAGUCAUUUCUCAGCGUGCAUUGUUGGCUAAUAAGCAAUGUGAUAAUAGAAGCCACAGUCAUUUAUUGCAAAUAAGUUGAACUACUUUAUAUACGAAAUGAAAGAAAAAACCGUAUUCGAAACAAUAAGUUACAUAGCUAUUGUAUAUGUAUGAAAAGACAACAAAAUGAAUUUAACGCAAACGCAGAAGACCAUAGUUAAAGCUGAUAUAUAUACAUAUAUAAAAAUUGUGAGUUUUUACCGUUACCAUUACACAAUGAAUUUAUUUGUAAAUUUUGUACAUUUGUAAACAACAACAAAACAACAAACAAAUAAACCCAACUAUUUAAAAGCAAAAACAAAAAACAAAAACACCACUCAAACUAUUUACACAAACGUACAAAUGUAUGGCAUGAAACGAAGAGAAAUUAAACUGUUGAUAUAUAACCCUGAUAUUAGUUGUAAAAAAAAAUAUGCACUCUUUAAAAUUCUUUUAAACAAUUUCUAUCUACCUGUUUGUAUUCUAUUAAUUGUAAGUAAAUACAUUUUAAUUUCAUUAGAGAAAUACUUAGUGCGGGCGGUCACGUGUCAACGUUCACUUCCCGAAAUAAUAACAACAAACUGCUAAGAAAUAUUUAAAUAAUUACGCAAGAUAAGCAAGCUGUGUUUGCUUCCAAUUGAUUUACUGUAACUAUAUUUAAAAUAAUGUUAUUGCUUAAAGAAAUAUAUACUUUUUUGUAAUUGAUCUAGGGAAAGUAUAUAUUUGUAGAAGCUAUAGAAAAUAAGCAUUUUGUUAUACUGCUGCAACUUGAUGUGUUAACUACAUACAUAUAUUCUUAGUAUGCCAAAAGUGGUUGUACACAGUGUUAUGCACAUACAUACAUACAUACAUAAAUAGUUCAUAUUUCUUUAAUUUAAGCAGCCUACGUGGUUACAUUAGCAAGCCAUCAAACAAAAGCAACAAUACAAACAUACAGAAAUAUGUGCGAUUAUUUCAUGAAACAAAUUCGUUGCCUUAAAUUGAAUAUCAACAACCACACAUAUAUUUAUAAAUACUAACUAAUUGGUUAUGUUUUUUUAGUUAAAAUCUCUUAUCUUUAAGUUAAUCCGUUUGCUUUGUAUUUUUUUACUAAAUAAAUUACAAAGAAUU